UGCUCGGCGAUCGCCAUGCCGUGGAAAUACGCGACGCCGCUGUGACGGACUCGACGAAAACGAACCGGGACAGGCGAAUCCGGAAAUCGAGAAGAAGAAGAAGAGAAAGAAGGAGGAGAAGGAAAGAAGCGGAAGGAAGUAGCUGGUUGUGUCGGUAGCUGGUGGUGGGUGUAGGAGGUGAAGGUGGUUGCUUGCCGGCUAGGCUGUUUUUGUAGGAUAAUCUAAGCAACCUGGCGGACCAGAAGGAAGGUGGCUCGACGAUGCAGGGCAAGGAGAGCCCCGUCGGGUCCAACACCCAGGAGACCCAUCAGUACGUUGGCCCUUAUCGACUGGAGAAAACUUUGGGGAAAGGGCAAACCGGAUUGGUGAAGCUCGGGGUCCACUGCGUGUUGGGCAAGAAAGUGGCUAUCAAGAUCAUCAACCGGGAAAAAUUGUCGGAGUCCGUGUUGAUGAAGGUAGAACGAGAGAUAGCUAUCAUGAAACUGAUCGAUCAUCCUCACGUGCUCGGCCUGUCGGAUGUAUACGAGAACAAGAAAUACCUAUAUCUCGUUCUGGAACACGUUUCCGGCGGGGAGCUUUUCGACUAUUUAGUGAAAAAAGGUAGACUAACGCCGAAGGAAGCGAGGAGAUUUUUUCGGCAGAUCAUUUCUGCGUUAGAUUUUUGUCAUAGCCAUAGUAUAUGUCACAGAGACUUGAAGCCUGAAAAUCUGUUGCUGGACGAGAAGAAUAAUAUUAAGAUCGCGGAUUUCGGGAUGGCGUCGUUGCAACCUGCUGGAUCAAUGUUAGAAACUAGCUGCGGUUCCCCUCAUUACGCCUGUCCCGAAGUCAUUCGGGGUGAAAAGUACGACGGGAGGAAAGCGGACGUUUGGUCGUGCGGGGUGAUACUUUACGCGCUUCUGGUAGGCGCGUUGCCCUUCGACGACGACAAUUUAAGAAACUUGUUGGAAAAAGUGAAGCGCGGUAUGUUUUACAUACCGCAUUUCGUGCCACCCGAGUGCCAGAAUCUUCUGAAGGGAAUGAUCGAGGUCGAUCCGGACAAGAGGCUAACGCUGGCGGAAAUAAAUAGGCACGUGUGGGUGACGGCGGCGGGCAAGGGCGAAUUGGAACUGGAACUGUCGAUGAUGGACGUGGUACAGACUCACGUUAUUCCGUCCGUGGAAGCAAUCGAUCCAGACGUGUUGCAGGCGAUCGCGAGCCUCGGCUGCUUCAAGGAACGGGACAAACUUAUCCAAGAACUCCUCAGCCCGAACCACAAUACAGAGAAGGUGAUAUAUUUCCUGUUGCUCGAGAGGAAACGCAGAAGACCGGCGUGCGAGGAUGAACUAGAAGUAAUGAGAGGAGGAAUGCGAGGUUCAGCGGGACAAUUGGAGGCGGAUCCACCGAGGAAACGAGUAGACACGUGUCGAGUGAACGGAAGUACAGCGCUGAAUCUCGGAGAAAUCAGCCAUGGAUCUCCUUUGACUCCCAGAAGGCAGUCCAGCACCAAGCAUCACGCUCGUCGUUCGCCGAGUACGGGUUGCCACACACACGCGUCGCAUUCGCAUGCCUCGACGCCAGGCAGCUCGCCGUUGCACGGCUCGAACGCCGUCGCGGGUCUGCUCAGUCCCCACAGAGCACCUCCGUCGUCGCAUUUAGGACAGACGGCGAGUCCUCAUCGACUGUCCACGGUUUCGAGCACCGCGGGCAACGGAAACACCGCCAAUCCACCCGCCGCAGUUCCAAUCCCGGCAUUACCCAGCGUGGGAAUAGAGAUAAACGACGUUCAACAGGUAGUCGCGGUCGGCGUUACACCGCCAGGAUCGCCUCACACCGGAGCCGGAUCCGGCGCCCAUCACUGGAGAUCCAGACUAACGACCAUCAAGAACUCCUUCCUUGGCAGUCCUCGAUUUCAUCGGCGUAAAUUGCUCACGAGUACCGAGGAGGUACACCUCACUCCGGAUUCUUCCCCGGAACUUACAAAGAAAUCGUGGUUCGGCAGCUUGAUGACCACGGAAAAGGACGAAACGUUUACCGUUCUCGUUAAAGGGAAAGCAUUAGCUAGCGUCAAAGCAGAUUUGAUUCACGCUUUUUUAUCGAUAGCGGAAUUGUCUCACAGCGUGAGCUCGCCCAUGUCCUUCAGAGUGGAAUACAAAAGAGGAAGCACAGCACCGGCAAUGUUUCAAAGACAAGUGCGCUUUCAAGUGGACAUUAGCGCUAUUUCGAAGCAGCCGAACGAACCACUGUUCGCCAUCACUUUCACUCUAUUGAGCGGAAACAUUCGACGAUUCCGAAGAGUCUGCGAACACAUUCAAUCGCAGGUCUGCUCGAGAAACGUAGGAAUCAGUUUGGGAGGACAAAGCAGAGCAGCACCACCCAGUCCGCGAGCAUCGCGAAAAUUUGCCACGGAGAUGAGCGAAAGUUCCAGUUGCGGUAGCGACACUAGCGAACGACUGUUUCUCAGUCCGCACCCAGCUACCAGACAGGUAGUCUGUUUCAACAAGAUCGAUUCGGACAUCGAAUCGGACACGUCCGUGUUCGACGUGAAAUCACCAAGCAGGGAAAACGGUCGUCGAAGUUCGACGUCGACGAACAACAACAAUCCAUUGCCAGGAGACGCGACGCCGACGCCCGGAAGUCCGACGAAGGCGGUUCGCAGCAACUCGGAGAGUCAGAACACGCCGGAAAAGAAAUGCGUAACCACGAUGAGCGGCAACAAUAUAGCGUGAUACUAUCAGAACUUCCGUUUCGAGUUUCGAUCGAGCCUGAAGAAUUUAUGGGACAGCGCCCAGAGAUUCUGGUGAGUCUCGUGCGAGCAGCUUGCGAUCGAGAAACGAUCUAGCGAUACCGCGCAGAGAUACUAGCAAAAUAACACGAUACUUUUAUGAAAGAGAGAAAGAGAGUGUGCGUGUGUGUGUGUGUAUGUGGGUGUGCGCGCACGAGAGAAAGAGAGAGAGAGAGAGAGAGAUGACUUCGACGGAAAUCAAAUCGAGAGUGAAAGACUAACGCGAAUAGCGACGACACGAACGACGAAGAAGGAAAAUUAGAACUACUUUGGACGAGUUUGUCGAGAAUGCGUGGUUUGUUCAGGAAAUAAUGAGAUUCGGUUGAUGAGUAUUUAUAAUAAAUUAGCAUCGAAUGGCGGCAAAAAUGAUUCGAGUAAGCUGAUCGUUGCGAGACGGAAUUGAGCAGAAAAUAAUUAUAAUCUUUGUUGCGACAAAUUAGUAUUCGUAGAAAAUUGUUGUAAUCACUCGACGAACGAUUGAUUUUUCUUUCUUGGUUUCGCUUAUUAUUAAUUGCCAUGAUUCGCUCGAAUCAUUAAUCGGAUAACGUUUUGCUCCGACUCUGCAAAGUGAUCCAUUUAGCGAUAUGGUGCUAUAAAGAUAAUUUAUAUAGAUCAUUGAAAAAAGAAUGACAAAAAAAAUACUUAUAAAACUGCUACAGUCGAAAUAGGAAACUUAAACGUCUGGUUGACAAAUUGAUUGUUGGUAUUAUUAACCCUUAUCCGGAUAGUGUACGGUAUACGACGCCAAUGAAUAGUCACCGACAAAAGUAGAAAUCACGUCGAAAUCGUAUUGAUUUUCAAGAAAUUUUACGAUAAAAAUGUCUAAAGGAACAAUCUUGUUAUUUUCGAAGCAGACCACGUACACGAUCGAAGAACAAUGAAAAACAGAUCUCCUGAUCAUCAAAAUCAAUCUAACGAGAAUUCUGAAAAGCCGUUUCAGUCGAUAUGGAACAAAUCGAUUUAUCUUUGCGAGAACAAAUACAAGAACUCGAAGAUUCGAAAAAGAUUCAUUCGCUUAGAAAGAUGCAUCCGACUAAAAUGAAAUGUACGUCGAGAAAAGUUCCACGUUCGACUAUCCGAUUCAUCUUCGACGGAGAAUAUUCGAUUAAACAUCGGGGAAAAUUUGUGCCGCAACGCGAAUCUUCGUUUAGCAGUGAUCGCAUUCGACUUUCGUUCGGUCGCUAAAAUUGUUACCUGUUUCUUUUUUCUUUGUUUUUAAGCGAAGUGCAAUAUAAUAGCGACGUUUUACCGACGAAUAUCGGAUCGUGUCGUUAAUAAGAAUGCUUUAUUUGGUACAUAUGUGUAUUCUGUUGCGUAUCGCCAAUUUUUUAGCGGUUUCGUUUUUGCAGAAAGAUUUAUUUAAAAAGUUCAGAUGUACCGUUUGAAUAGAAAAGUUAAUUUUAUCUUGGGAAUAUCUCGGAUCUUUCAUUGUUUUUUAUUCAUAAUAUAAACGUUGAAAAAUUUUUGAUUUAGUAACUGUUAGAUACUUUUGACGCUUAUUAUUUUCAUCGAGGCAUUUUGAUCGUAAACGUUGAUGAAUUGCAUUUUGUAGUUGCAAUUAAUCGAACAAUUCAUUGUUGCAUAGACGUUUAAUCCAGUUAGCCGAUUCAUCGAUUAACAUUAAUACUAGUCAUUCAUUUUCAAACUGCCGAUUACGUUUGCUACAUGUGUCUCCUCGAUUUUCUCGUUCAUUUAAAUUAAUUAUUCGCUACAGUUCCAGUACGCUCAUCGUCGCAUCGCAUGUCAUUAAAGUAUCGACCCACUUUCAACUGUACAUACACCUUCCAAACAAUUUUUAAGCGAAGCACUAUUAUAACAAUUAUUACAAUGAAAUACAACAAUAUUUUCGCGAAUGAAUUUUCUCCUUAACGCUAGAACAGCCAGCGUUAAAUUGGCGUGGAAGAUCUUUUGUAUUUCGUAACGAUCAAAUAAAUUAAUUUCUACUAUAUUACAUGAACAUAACGCGUGGUAAUAUAUUGGCUUACGUCGCUACACGUUACACCGUUACGAAGGGGUGGUAAUAUAACGAGGAUCUAUCGUAUGCGAGGAUCUGGGUCUUCUUAAUAAUACCGAGUUUUUUUCUCCGGUGCCUGCAAACUUUAGCGAUAAAUUUCACGAUCCACCUUUACGUUCAAAUAAUUUCUGCUAUUAAAACUAAGAAAUCCGGCAUUCUUUCGACUUUGGCUGCUCUAGCGUUAAAUGUGAAAUGAACGAAGGAAUUCGGUAAAAGAAUGAACAAGUAAUAAACAAAUAAGUUGCAAUAUACAUAGAAUAAUUUGUUUGUCUCGACAAAGGCCAACAUACGUUUCUCCGAGAGUAUCUUGACACGAAAUGUUAAGCUUUUAUUUUUUUCGCGAAGACCAAAUUUAAAAUCUGUCGGUUUAACGUGCUCGAUCCGAACGUUAUCUCGAUACGACAAACGUAGCUGUUAUUUUAUAUCACGCUAUCCGUGAACGAAGAAAAUUUGACGAAACGAAGGAAAUCGAGGGUCGCUGAAAGUUUCUCGACUCGUAAUAGAGAGAAACAGAAAGGUCACACACUAACGAGGUAAAAAGAAAGAAGGAUUAAGAAAAAAAGAGAAGAAGAUUCACUCGCGACGCAACGAUUGCGUCGAGAGAUUUAUUUUUUGCACGCACGAGAAAAACAUUUCAAAAGACUAAUAUAUAUAAAUAUAAAUAUAAAUACAAAUAUAAAUAUAAAUAUAAAUAUAAAUACAAAUAUAAAUAUAUAAAUAAAUGAAUAAAUAAAUGAAUAUAUAUAUUAUAUAUAUACGUACAUAAGUAGGUUUCACUUAAUAAGAGCUACGCGUUACAACGCGUGAGGCUUCUUGUUUGCUACUCGCGCGAAAAUAAACCGAGAAGAAAAAGAGACGAGGAAAAAUGGGAGAUCUAGCGUUUCUAAUCGUAGAAUAUAAAUAUCGUACAGGUUUUUUCUCAACACACAGACAUAUCUCGAUAAAAUUGUCCCAGCUUCUUAGUGGAACGACGUGCGCAAUGUAACACGCGAUUAGCACAGUUUUUAAUCGAAGGCUCGUUAUAGUCGUUAAAUGAAAUCGUAUCCUGCCGAUCGUGAGAAUCUUAAGAAAUCGACGGUACGUUCUGCUCGUUCCUGAUCGAUAACAGGGUCGUAGAACGCGAACGAGUUGAACCGGUAGAAUGUUGUAUCGUCGUAUUACCUCGUGUUCGUAGAAACAGUUUUUGUCGGAUCGUUGCAUAUCGAAUGAUCGAUUUUCAACCAUUCAAAGUCACUAUUUCGAGUCAAUAUUUCAGGACAACAAUAGAACGGAACGAAAUCCGUGUAACAUUUUAUUACGAAUCGCGCGAUCAAGAGGUUCUACAUAUGCAAUGGCCAUUUAGUAGAAUGUUCAGGGAAAUCAUACCCCCUCGUCGAACGCACAAUACAGCGUUAGCGUAAUAAAUUUCAAUUAAAAAAUACGAAUUCUAAAAAUGCGGUAUAACUCGAAAGAACAACCACGAUUACACUGAAACGAACAUUUUUAAAUUAGAAAUAAAUCGACCAUCUCGAAUGUAACGAUCUAAUAGUUUACGAGAGGUUACUCUCGCGAAAAAUUAAAUGUCUAUUAGAAAUUUGAUAAAGAAACUCGUUACUAUCCACCUAUGCCUAUAUCUUAUUUUUUCGUCAAUUGGCAAAACAUUUGUUUUUAGGAACGACUAACUCGUUAGUUGAAGGAGUUUCCGAAGCAAUGUAAAAAAACUAUCUGAUAAAUUUUCAUUUUAGUUUGUAUACACACGAGUGGAAAAAAAUAAUAUUUAAUUUUUCACGCGAAUAACCUUCGUUAAACGUUUUCUUAACGGAAUCCCGCGUACUACAUCCGCUUGGAUGGUAAAUCCUUUGCAACGUACAGUGGCGCACAUAUUUCUCCAGAAAAGAGAAUCUCUCGAGGCUAAAGCACGAAUAUGUUUUGUACGCUUAAAUAAUUGCCGAUAUCGCUGCGAUCGAUCGAUUAAACUUAUUUCGAAUAAAGAUUAGACCGGUAGGAAGAAAUACGCGAGUCACUGUAUGUAGAUAAUCGAAAGCAGCACACCGGACAACGAAAGAAACGCGCCAGCCCUCGAGAAGAAGGUAAUUUUCAAUGUUCAGUUUUCGAUUCUCUGUUAAUCGUUGACGAAUCGUCAGCGAAUAUUGAACAUUGUAGAAACACCGAAUCGAAGAAUCCUACCGACGCCACGCGACGCCACGCUACAGAAGGAAAAGUUAGCGAAACCGUUCGUAAAUAGAUAGACGAGAGUAGUCGCGAAAUGUUCGCUAGAAUCAAAAAUUACAAACGUCGGAGUCUCUCGUUUUAGAUGUACAUAAGUACGUAACUGUACGUUGUAAUCGCGCACAGCGACUCGUUCCUAAAUAUCCCCGGCUACGUGCGAGGAUCAUCGGUCGAAAGAAAGAAAAUGAAUGACUCUCUUUUGCCAACAGAAUCGAUCGAACGCGAAUUUCAAUUCGAUACGAGAAUUUCGUUAGACCAGAAAGUUUCGACGCUUCAACGAUUCGGUUUAUUACUUAAUACCGUUUAACUGGAUCAGUUCGACCGAAAUAAAAAUGGCUUAUACGGGCAAAACGAAACUGAUAACACAAAUAUUUUAUCCUUACACGAAUACCGAAUGGACGACGUUCAAGUAGUGGAACGCGUUAACCUUCGAAUUACUCUAUUGCCAUCGAUCGAAUCAUGAUCAAAAGUAAAAAGGGAUUAAAAUUCUAUUCUCAAUUACAUCGCCGUUAUUUCGGGAUGUGUAAUGUCGCACAAUUGGAUCUCGAAGAGUUCGAAUCGGUUGCUCGCGUGUCCCUCUAUCUUCUUAAUCGAACUUAAUCCUUGUGUUUUGUCUGUAUCAGCCAUUCUAUUUAGAUCACUUUUUUUACCAACAAAAUAAUAUCUAGUCGAUUCAGCAUCUAUUAUAUUUCUUGCAUAUUUAUUGUAUAUUUUAGAUAAAUGAAAUAUUAUUGUAUUUUUAAGGAACAUUAAGGAGGAUCGUGAUUCGUGCAGUUACUAGUUACUAGAGAGGCAAUAUUGUGUUCCGAUCAUGAACGAAAUGAUCAAAAUUUAACGCGUUGACUACCGAAUUAAAAUGCCGCGUUUCCUUGUUCCGCUUCGACCCAGCGCAACGCGUCGUUACAAAAACAUAGGAAAAUAAAGCCUUUUAGCAUUAAUCUUGGAACGACCGAAGACUAAAAACUUACUAUCGAUUGAAAACCGUGUGACACUUGGAUGACACUGCAUCGAGUCGAAAGGAAAUAUUGUAUAAUCACUGUUCGAUUGUACGAUAAUAACUAGAAACCGAACAAUAUCGAACGAAAUAAAAAUCUGAUAGAAAAAUUUACUUCCGGAUGUAUGGAAUAUAAAAGAGUCAAGAGUCGAGUCAUUCGCUGUCUCAAGAUUAAAUGGACGAAGGCGGCGGCCAACGCGUUAAAGAAAACCUCCAAAGUCAUCGAUAAAAUAGAUUCUCGCGAUACUUCCUGUCGUUAUGUACUUCGUUCGAAACGGAUUCGUUGGGUUUCAAAACGAUAACAAGAAAAUCGAUGAAGAUACGAUUACCGUGUAUGGAAGGAAACGGAAAUGGACACGUUAAGCCUCGCUCGAUAGGCGAUUAGGAUUGCUCCUCGUUCUUUACCGACUCGAUAUUCCUGUAUUUGUACCAAAAGCAUUCCAUUAAGAAGCUUGCAGGUAGAAAAUGUAAAAAAAGAAAAAAAUAAAUAAAAGAAAGGUGUCAUGAUCGUACGACGAACGACACCUUUCGCGCGCAUAAUUGCUAGAUAGGUAGGUAGGAGUAAAAUAAUAACGAUAAUAAAGUAAAAAAAAAAGAAAAAUAACAGGGAGAGAGAAUGAAUGUGGGCGAAACGAAUUCGUUUGUUACGUUUCGUGAUAAUGAAUAUCGGGCUUUGCAAUACGCGUGAUCGCAAGAUCCUAAACUAAUAGACAAAACGAGAAGUAUGAGAGAAACAUUGCAUGAUUGUUCGGCGAACGAAAAAGAACGCGUGCGUGCGUGCGUGCGUGUAAGUGUGCGUUCGAAUUGUCGUUGAAUCGUUUAAUAUCGUACGCGAUACGCGUAACAAUCGAUCUGUAUUAUCCGCUCAGAUACGAAACGAUUCCGCAUAAAUAACCGCUCGUUCAUUUAUUUAGGGACUAAGCUCGUUAUUUCCUUACUUUAUUAACGAGAUUUUAAACGCCAUUUUACCGAAUUCUCUUUGCAACUUUUAAAACUUGAGUGCAAGAUAAUAGAGAAUUAUACGAUAAAUUAUCAAAAUAUUCUGUUACCGCGCAUUAAAGGACACGCGGUUGAAAAUCUGAUAAUCCGAGAAAGAGGUUUAACGCGUACUCUCGCAAAUCCGAGUCAAAUGUAAAAUAAAAUUUUUAUUUUAUGGGAUCGAAAUAUUCUAAUAAAAGAAGAAGUUUCAUUCUACGUAUAUGUAUACUUGCGGAGCGUGUAUUUAAACAACCUAUACGCGAUGAUGGCUCUGUGGUAUCCUCGAAACUAGUAUUCGGAGAAUCAUCGAAAAGGCAUUAUUUAUAUUUAAUAUAUUUUUAGAUACAGAACGUUUUUUAUUUAUAUUUAUAGUUAAUUAAACAAACGAUAGACAGUUCUUUCUUCGUGCAACAAUAUUUCCUGCGUUACCAUCGUGUUAAAUCGUAUUAUUUUAUAGUGAAAUGUUGCGAAGAAGAAGCUGCAAACGAAAAAAAAAAUAAAGGUAGAUGUUAUUUGCACGUGACAAAAUAAUCGACAGUUUUCAGAUUAAACCACGUACCUUGAUACACGAAAUCGAUCGUAUCGAACCACUAUUGCUCGAACCUGCGGAGUCAUUUUGUGUCUAAACAGAUAAUAUAAAUUUAACUUGACACACAGACACACCACUAACUUAUAAAUUGAAAUUAGGCGUAAGCUUGGCGGUUAUCUAUUUAUUAAUGUAAAACUAUUCGUACGACAUAAGUAACGCGAUAUACAGAGAUUUCGUCUACAUAAUGGAAACAACUUGCAAAUAUACGUCUAGGGUUCUACAGUUCUAUAGUCUAGAUAAUACGACGGAAUAAUAUUGAAUUUACUAGGAAGAAAAAUAUUUUGGAAAUAUUGAAAAAGAUCGAAACGAAGGUAGUUGUUAACUUAAUUAUCAAGGUAUAUGAUAUUGUAUAAUUUAACGUACGAAGACGAUAACAGGUCUUUUUGGGUUGAGUUUCAAAGUUUUUCAUUCGUUUAAUUAUUCCAUAAUACAGGUAUCGAAUAAUCUAGACAUACUAAGAAUUACGAUAUUCCGAAAACUGUUCGCUGUUUCCAUUAUUUGGAACUGGAUCUCUGUAGUUAAAAGAAAAGGGAAGAAGAAAAAACGGACGCAAUGAAGCGAAGGGAAAAAGAGAGACGAGAAUACAAGUGGAAACAAAUUACCGGCCAUAUUAAGUUAGGAUUUUAUAUCGUGCGAAUUUAUGGAUGGAAAGAGAACACUUAAGGUACUUUGGCGAAUAAUAAUAGUCGGAGAGAAUGGAUUUACCGUCCCGAGGUUCGAAUAACUCGGGACUAGGCUUUCUGUCUCCUAUUCUUUUUCGUUUGUAAUCGAACGCGAACGUCGUAUAUUAUAGCUGUACGGACAAAUUAAUAAUACUCGCUAUCCCUCACGUGUCUACAAUUUAUUUUUCGACUCGUUUUUUCCGCGCCAUCGUCGCUCUGCGUCGAAGCGCGACAUCCUCCUCGAAUUCUUCCUCGACGAUUCUAUCCGAUCGAACGCGAACAAACAUUCAACGAUUAUCCUGUACAGCGUAUAUACCUUUAUACGCGGUAUCUCCGAAACGUCGAUUCGUUUGCUCGCGGCUUACGUACUUGUACGAUACUCUUUGAGCGUUUGCGAACACGUUUUAAUUUCGAUUCACUCGAUGGAAGAAAAAACUCAAGGAGAAUUCCUGUGCUUGUCGCCUCGUACGCAGAGGAUGUGCUUUCCUGAAGGACGAAAAUUACAAGUUUUGCACGAACAAGCAGAACACUGUAGGAAUAAUACAAAAUUCCCGAAACAUCGUAUCCUUAAGGCAUUAUAAGCUAGGCAGAUAGAAGAGAUUUUUAUACAAUUUAUAAGGCGAUUUGCAAUCGAUUGAUUUGUCUCGCACGUUUACCUGUUGACCUUUUGUUAUGAUACACACACAGCCUUGCUCAAGAAAUCCGAUUAUACGAACUAAAACGUUACGCAAUUUUAACGACCUCGUCGCACCAAAAUAUGUUAAUCGAUUCGACCAGAUCUCGUACUUAAAAAAGAAUGCGGAUUAUGCAAGAAAGUAUUUAAUUCGCGUAAAAAGAAAUAAAUAUUGUUGCUUUUAACGCGUUGACUGACACGCUGAUCAAAAAUCGGUUGCGAACUUUCGACUGGAAAGCAGAAUACUCGACGCCUGUAAAUCCUAUUUACGUUUUCCUCAAAAGAUGUUACGGUAUUUAACAUCUUUCGUUAAAGCGAAAUCGAGAUAAUCAUUCAUAAAUUGGUUAGAUUUUACGAUAGAAAUUCUCGUGAUAGCCAACGCGUUAAAUGUUUCGACAUCGAAAAUGUUGCACUCGCAUCGUCUAAAUCCAGUGUAUCCAACGGUGUAUCUCGUAACCAACUUUUUCGACGUGCAGAGUAAAUAAAUAAAAAAUACGUUCGAAACAUUUGAGCGGUAUUUAUAUUCGUAACUGUAGGCUGCAUAAAUAGUAGACAUUCGAAAAACGUGGAAAUCAUUUAAAACGACAAGCUGUAUCUCAGCUGGAUCUUUUGAGCGAGCGCUAAAGCGAAGAGGCUGCAUCGAGGAUGCAUCGGCUGCUGCAGGAUUCUCUCGUCGUUCGCAAAUGUUCAAUUAACCGAUUUAUUAACGUGCUUAACGCUCUCGUAUUAUUGGCUCGGCAUUUACCUAUCUCUCCAUUGGAGCAAUACGUAAACGUUUGUACAAAAUGAUUACAGAAAAAAACUAUUUAUCUCUACGUUGACUAUCAACAAUUCCAUUCACGAACAAUGUUCGCUUUGAUGCGGAAAUCAGUGUCCUACUAGCGAGAAACGAGGCUAAUUGCAGCUGAAUAACGUCGUUUUGACAUCCUGUGCACGAAGUCGAAGCUCUGCCAAGCUCUCGAGCUAGCCAAACCUCUCCGAUCAGCUGACACCUUGUUCUCUAACAAUUAUUAUGCCUACUCCGUUACCGAAAUUCGCUAAUCAAAUAACCUCGUGAAUAACUCGCGAAGGGGAGAUUCCUUUUUACCCGGAUUUAUCGAAACGAUUAUAUUUUUAACGCGUUUGCUGCAACCUAAAAGACCGUAGAAAAUAUACCGCGUGAAGAAUGAAGAUAUAUCGCGUAUCGAAAUUUCGAAUUUUUCGAAAUUACGUUAUUUCAAAUUUUCUCUGGAUUCGCUCGGAGAAGUUCCGAUGAAAAAAUUUCGAAGAUUUUCGGCGGCCUAUGAAAUCGAGAACGUGUAACGACGGUUGGCAGAUACGGAAUAACGCAUCGUGGAUCGACGAUACUUGGACGGUGGUAGCGGACGUGUUAAACGUGAAACAAAUAUCCUAAUUAUACCUAUGGGUAAAACUUGGGUUAUUCUAAUAAAAAAUUCAAAAAAAAAAAAGAAAGCGGAAAGGGAACAUUGUCCUAAAAUAGAAGCGUUGUUUGGCACUGUACCCUUAGCGAAUUCGAUUUUUGCACACUCGAUUAGUUAGUGAAAUUUAGUAAAAAGCGUAAUUUUAGAGGGAUUUUCCACCGAGUUAAUCGCUCUAUUAUAAAGUAAAAUCGCUUCUUUUCGCGCUGUAUUAUUUAGAUUAUUAUUUAAAUAUAGACAAGUAUUUGAUCCGAUCAGUAUCCUGAACGCCGAAUUAAUCGAUAUUUAUAGACAUAAUGUAGUAACGAAAAUAUUGCUUUUACGAUUGUUCAGCGAUGUUGCGAUACGCUAUCGAUAUCUCGACAAUGAAAAAUUUCGAAAUCGAAAUGUCGUACACGAGGGAUCCGUUACGUUUCGUACGAACGUACUUUGAUUCUGAGUAUCGAUUAUAUGUGCUUCGUGUGAAGUUUUUCACUACAAAACCAUAAACCUCGAGCUAAUUCGUGUAAAGAAACGAAUAAAAUUAUAUUUCGUCGGAGACAAUUCGGAUGUACCGAUCGAUCUUGAAAAUUUCACAAAUUCCGAUAAACUAAAAAACGUUAAGAUUCGAUAUCGAUUAUUCAGCGUUUCCACGUUACUGCAGGUUUGUUUAACGCGUUUUAACAAAGCUUUCAACGGUUUCGAGUUCGUUUAUGAUAUCGACGGUUGAUUUCGAGUCUCUGUUAUAAAAACGUUAAAUCGUUAAAGAAACUCGUGAAAAGAAAGUGUGUAACGGAAUAGCCCAUAAUGAAAAAAGCUCGUUGUCGUCGACUGAGCGGUCGAUCGAUCGCAAAAAUUUGUUGUAAUCUCGGGUGAAACGGUUCAUAUCAAAGAUACAUAAUCAAUAUUCUGGUUAAAGGAUCCCAGACACGUACAGCGAUUCGAUUUACCAGUUACGUAUCGUAUAUACCGAGUAUUUGGUAACGUCCAUGACAACUGACAAUAACGGCUGUGAGUCCGCAAGUUCUUUUGUUUUCUUUCCAAAAAGUAUACCGUACCGUAAAUCAUUUCGCUUGACUUGCCUAUAACUGAACUGCUACUCUUCUCGAAAUUCUCGUGAAAACUGAACGUAUUUACGGCUCCAAAAUGUUGCUUACUCCUAUUUCAAAAAUUUACCACAUAAAAAGAAGAGUAAAUUAUAAAUGAUUGAAACGCGUUUAAAAUUUCAUUCAGUUUCCAUGUAGAAAUUUCGAAAAAAGGAACGACAAUCUUACUCGAUCGAUACGACAGAUACACGCAUACACAAUGAUUUACGCGCUCGCGUGUAUACAGCCGACUUUGAAAUGUUACAAAAUACUUGUCACUUAUUUUGCGAACAAAAAGCACGUAAGAUGGUUACGUCUGUUCGAGCGUUACUUAUUGUAUAUUUCAGAAUCGAUCAAAACAAUAUAUGGCGUUUCAAUGUUCUACUAUAUAGAAUACACUGCUCGAAAGACGUAACCACGAGAUGAGCGAAUCCCAUGAAGCCAGUUUAAAAUGUUCAAAUAGUUUUCGAUCGUGAAAUCGAUUAACCGGAAAUGCGCGUACUUUACGCGCAAAGUGUUCGUAAAAAUUUAACGAUCGCUCUCGGAAUGAUCGAGAAUCUGCGCUAAAUUUAAUGCACUUGCAGUAAACUAUUUUUUUACGAAGAUAAAAGAAAUCAUCCUGCCCCGAAAUCCUUGUUCCGCGUGG